AUGGCCGACGCCCUUGCCUCCCAACUUCACAAUACCAAGCUCAGUGAUGGAAACACAGAAGCGAGACUCCAGGAUUCACUGAAACUUCCACCUAAGGAUACUCGGCCACAGACAGAGGAUGUCACUAAAACCAAGGGCCUCGAAUUCGAGGACUUUUACAUUAAGCGGGAGCUUAUGAUGGGAAUCUUUGAAGCUGGGUUUGAAAAGCCCUCUCCCAUUCAAGAAGAAACUAUUCCAGUCGCUCUCACUGGCCGAGACAUUUUGGCGCGAGCCAAGAACGGCACGGGAAAAACAGCCGCCUUCGUUAUCCCCACUCUUGAACGCAUCAACCCCAAGAGCACUAAAACCCAAGCCUUGAUUCUAGUCCCCACACGAGAGCUGGCGCUUCAAACCUCUCAGGUCUGCAAGACACUGGGCAAACACCUUGGGAUUAACGUUAUGGUAACCACUGGUGGAACAGGUCUUAUGGAUGAUAUUAUUCGACUCAAUGACCCUGUUCACAUCUUGGUUGGUACUCCCGGCAGAGUGCUAGACCUGGCCAGCAAAGGCGUGGCCGAUUUGUCUGAAUGUCCAACCUUCGUGAUGGAUGAAGCAGACAAGCUCCUUUCUCCUGAGUUUACGCCAGUUAUUGAGCAACUUAUGUCCUUCCAUCCCAAGGAUCGUCAGGUCAUGCUCUUCAGUGCCACUUUCCCGCUCAUCGUCAAGGCAUUCAAGGACAAGCAUAUGCGCAACCCUUACGAGAUCAAUCUCAUGGAUGAGCUCACCCUGCGAGGUAUUACGCAGUAUUACGCUUUUGUUGAGGAAAAGCAAAAAGUACACUGCCUGAACACUCUGUUUUCAAAACUCCAGAUCAAUCAGUCUAUCAUCUUCUGCAACUCAACCAACCGUGUGGAGCUCUUAGCAAAGAAGAUUACCGAGUUGGGUUACUCCUGCUUUUAUUCACAUGCUCGCAUGCUUCAGCAACACCGUAAUCGGGUCUUCCAUGAUUUCCGCAAUGGCGUGUGUCGUAACCUAGUCUGUUCGGAUCUUCUGACCCGUGGUAUUGACAUCCAAGCCGUCAAUGUUGUGAUCAACUUCGACUUCCCGAAGAAUGCAGAGACAUAUCUGCACCGUAUCGGCCGUUCUGGUCGCUUUGGUCAUUUGGGUCUCGCAAUCAAUCUCAUCAAUUGGGAGGAUCGAUUCAAUCUAUACAAGAUCGAGCAGGAACUAGGCACCGAGAUCCAACCUAUUCCUCAGAAUAUCGACAAGAAGCUUUAUGUCUAUGACUCGCCGGAGAACAUUCCUCGGCCCAUUUCGGGCCCCCCUCAGCCCCCAAUUGCGGGAUCGCAUCCCGGCAAUGGGGAUCGCCAACCUCGUCGCCAGAACCAUCACCAUCAACACCCGAAUGGUGGGCAGUACUAUAACCGUGGUCGGGGCUCUUACCGUGGCGGUGGUCGUGGACAGGGUCCACGACGUGGCCCCAAUGAUGCCAACAAGGCAAUUCUCACCCCUGGGCAGGUUGGAACUAACCCGCAAGCCCCUGUCUCCUGA